GCCAAUAGCUGAAAGCUAUGUAAAUGAGGGCAGCGGUUUGCCAGCAAGCAAGCAAAACAAUGAGCUCAGAGUUGCUGGAACCCUCAGCAGCUAUGCUGCUGGCCGAGUUUUUCAGGCUCAGCCCCGCGGCCAGAUCCGACUGUUUUCAUUUUCGAUGAAACAGGCGGUCAAUGGAGUGUGAAACCCGCGAGGGCUCGAUGUGAUCGGACUGAGCUGGUAAAGGGGAGCGCUUCCUGCUCAGACUUGCGAGAAUGAAGUACAAGAAUCUUAUGGCAAGAGCUCUCUAUGAUAACGUCCCAGAAUGUGCAGAAGAGUUGGCUUUCCGCAAAGGUGACAUUUUGACAGUGAUAGAACAGAACACUGAAGGACUGGAAGGAUGGUGGCUUUGCUCCUUACAUGGACGGCAAGGCAUUGUCCCUGGUAACCGUGUGAAACUUCUGAUCGGCCCUGUACAGGAGAGUCCCUCUAACCAAGACAUGGCAAAUUCAGGAUCAGUACACCAGCCCUUUAACCAGCAAAAGAUCAACCAAGUGCCAAAUGCCCAUGCUCCUCCUCGAGACCCAGUCUAUCAAGUGCCUCCUUCUUAUCUGAACCAAGGGAUCUACCAGGUACCCACCGGCCAUGGUUUUCAGGGCCAAGAUGCCUAUCAAGUGCCUCCAUCUGGGCAGAGAAGUUUUGGCGGAAUUGAUGGCUCUCCCAUAAGCAACAAGGUAGUAACUCCAAUAAGGUCAGGACAAGGUUAUGUCUAUGAGUUCCCUACCAAAUUCCAGAAGGAUACCUAUGACAUCCCACCAAUUCGUCCUCUCCAAGGGAUAUAUGAUGUGCCCCCUGCAUCAUUUAAAGGUCCUGCGCAAGCCACUCAAAUGGGAGAUGUGGAAUCUCAAGGGGUCUAUGAUGUUCCUCCUGCAAAAGGUAUCUAUGCCAUUCCUCCUUUGGCAUGUAGAGGUGCCACAGAUCCCAGGGAACGCUUGUCUGACUGGGCUGCUUGCGGAAAGCAUGAGGUGAGGCCAGAAGGUGUGUACGAUGUUCCACCUCCCAUGGCCAAAGGAGCUGCAAAAGAAUCUGGACAGAAAUGCAUUUGCAGCCCUUCUGACCUAACUCCACACCAACAAGGCCUGUAUGAUGUUCCAGUGAGCCACCAAACUCAAUUUGCUGGGCAGCAAAUAACUCCCCAGAUGGAUGUAUAUGACACUCCCCGAGGAGUCCCAUUCCCUGGACAGCACUUGGGAUUUGGUGAUGGCCUAAAUCCUGAAGGGAAAGAGGGUGUCUACGACGUGCCUCCACAGGUUACACAGGACACUAAAAGACUGCAGGAUGUGACUGAUGGGAUGAACAGGUUAUCCUUUUCUAGCACAGGGAGCACCAGGAGUAACAUGUCCACAUCUUCCACAAAAUCAAAGGAAUCUUCUUUUUCAGCCACUCCUGAGAAGGACAGAAGACUAGCGCUAGAUCCUGACACAGCCAUAGAGAGACUUUACUGGCAUCAGAACAUGGUAGAGACCACCGUCUCCAGUUUAAUGGCCUUCAUCAACCCUGACUGGCGGUCUUAUGAGUACAUGGAAAAGCACAUCAACAAGAUCCACACAGCUGUUGAGAAGGUGGAGCAGUCGCUGGUCGACUACCUUCAUUUUGCCAAAGGAGCCACGGCCAACGCUUCCUUCCUCUCUGAGCUCAGCCUCUACAACAAAAUGAGGAGGGAGCUGCAGAGGCUGGAUGAUUCUCAUCAGAUUUUAACCCAGACUAGCCAUGACCUCAAUAACUGCAGCUGGUCCUUGAAUGUCUUGGCUGUCAACAAACUCCAGAACAAGUGUGACAAUCUGGAUCGGUUUGUUAUGGUGGCAAGGACAAUCCCAGAUGAUGCUAAACAACUGACCACCAGCAUCAGCGUCAAUACUGAGGUGCUCUUCAAACAAGGGCCUUGCGGCUCUUAUUUAAAGAAUGCAUCAGAGAUUGCAGAUUAUGUGUAUGACAGUCCUCAGACCCAGAUGCUGCACCCUGGAGACAAAAGCCAGGGCCAUUGCACUUCUUUGCCACCGCUUCUUUCCAAGGACCAGCAUUGCCAAUGCAGCAGCAGUGAUGGCUCAGAAAAGAGCUGGAUGGAUGAUUAUGAUUAUGUGCACUUGCAGGGGAAGGAAGAGUUUGAAAGGCAACAGAAAGAGCUUCUAGAAAAGGAAAAUAUCAUCAAGCAGAAUAAGAUGCAGCUGGAGCAUCAUCAGCUGAAUCAAUUCCAGUGGCUGGAACAAGAAAUCACAAAGCCAGUGGAAAAUGACAUCUCAAAAUGGAAGCCACCUCAAGGUCCUCACCCUGCAAACAGCCUGGUAGCCUCUCAAGAAAGGCAACUGCUUUUGUUUUACUCGGACCAGUGCGAGACUCAUUUCAUUUCCCUUUUAAAUGCCAUUGAUGCCUUCUUCAGCUGCAUUAGUGCUGCACAGCCACCAAGGAUCUUUGUUGCUCAUAGCAAGUUUGUCAUCUUAAGUGCUCACAAACUGGUGUUCAUCGGUGACACCCUGACUAGGCAGUUGACAACUCAGGAAAUACGCAACAGCAUAAUGAACUCCAGCAACCAGCUUUGUGAAUUGCUUAAAAGCAUUGUAAUGUCAACCAAGAUGGCAGCCUUGAAUUAUCCCAGCACAGCAUCCUUACAAGACAUGGUGGACCGAGUGACAGAACUCUCCCAUUACGCGCAGUUGUUUAAACGCUCUUUGGUCCAUAUGGCAUCUUACUAAGAUGCACAAGAUGGACUGAAACCAACAAAGGACCAUGCUUCAAGAUAAAGAACUGGAAAUGUUUUCUAUAUUAUGUACAGAAUGAAACUUGAUCAUUUUAUUUUCCCCCCUAGAUGUUUUAUAUUAAAUAUUUUAAAUUCAUUUUAUGGAUUAGAAAUUAUAAAGGUUUUCACCAAUCUCAAACUGUUUCUUUUAUCAUUUUAAAUAUACAUAUAUAAAUAUAAAGUGAUACUCUGCAUAUAUAUGUAUAUGUUGCAACAUUCCAUAAAGUUCAUUACGUAAGCACCUUAACAACAGCAUCUGUCAGUUUUAUGGUGUAUAUGUGGCCUAGGUUUUUCAGGAUAUCCAUAACCGGAUACUACUUUUGCCUCUUGGAGGCUAUAAUGUAUAUAAUAUUUUACUGUAGCUUAAUUAUGUCAUUCAGACAAUUCUGUAAAGGCUGUGGCAAUUCCUGAAGAAAAUAUUAUUGUUUUAGUCCCAAUCAUCUUCCUGAAACAAACCUUCGUUGGCAUAGGUUGCUACUAAAUAAACUA